ACAGGCUUAAAUUGUGUUUGGACCUGACGAAGUAGACAUAUAUCACCAGAUUGUCAAUAUUUUUGCGUUAAAGCAAGCUAACUAGCAUUAACUAGCCAGCAAUAACGUUGUUUCUUUUUUAAAUACAGUUUCCACUUAGUGACAUUAGAAGGUCAAACACCGGAAAUGAACGUCUGCCUGGUCCGGCUUCAACAUGGAGUCCAUGCUGAACAAGCUGAAGAGCACGGUGACCAAAGUGACGGCUGACGUCACCAGCGCCGUCAUGGGCAACCCCGUGACUCGAGAGUUUGAGGUGGGCCGUCACAUCGCCAGCGGCGGUCCUGGCAUGUGCUGGAGGAUCUACAAUGGCACCAAGAAGUCCACCAAACAGGAAGUGGCCGUGUUUGUGUUUGACAAAAAGAUGAUCGACAAGUACCAGAAAUUCGACAAGGACCAAAUUAUAGACUCCCUAAAGCGAGGAGUACAACAGCUGACGAGGUUGCGGCACCCCCGCCUCCUGACAGUGCAGCAUCCUCUGGAAGAGUCCAGAGACUGCCUGGCCUUCUGCACAGAGCCCGUCUUUGCCAGUCUGUCCAACGUGCUUGGACAGUGGGAUAACCUGCCCAGCCCGGUGCCGAAUGACAUCAAGGAUUACAAGCUGUAUGACGUGGAGACAAAGUAUGGCCUGCUACAGAUCUCGGAGGGUUUGUCCUUCCUGCACAGCGGAGUUAAAAUGGUCCACGGUAACUUGUGCCCAGAGAACAUUAUCCUCAACAAAAGCGGCUCGUGGAAGAUUAUGGGCUAUGAUUUUAGCAUUUCAACAAGCAACCCAUCAGACGCGGAUCCGAAAUACUCCUGCAAGGAAUGGGAGCCCAACCUCCCACCACUCUGCCUCCCCAACCCCGAGUACCUGGCCCCGGAGUACAUCCUGUCCGUCAGCUGCGACACGGCCUCCGACAUGUACUCGCUGGGCGUGGUCAUGCAUGCCGUCUUCAAUGAGGGCAAGCCUGUUUUCCAAGUCAACAAGCACGAUAUUUUUAAGAGCUUCAGCAGGCAGCUCGACCAGCUCAGCAAUAUCAGUCCAGCGCGGCUGAACAAGAUUCCAGAGGCAGUGCGGGACCAUGUCAAAAUGCUGCUUAGCGUCACGCCCAACGUCCGACCGGACGCCGACCAGAUGACCAAGAUCCCGUUUUUUGACGACGUGGGCGCAGUGACCCUACAGUAUUUUGACUCGCUCUUCCAGAGGGACAACCUGCAAAAGUCCCAAUUCUACAAAGGCCUUCCCAAAGUACUGCCCAAACUGCCCAAGAGAGUGGUGGUGUACCGCAUCUUGCCGUCGCUCACUUCGGAGUUCGUCAACCCAGACAUGGUUCCCUUCGUGCUGCCCAACGUGCUGCUCAUUGCAGAGGAGUGCACCAAGGACGAGUACGUGCGCCUCAUCUUGCCGGACCUCACGCCAGUCUUCAAGCAGCAGGAGCCCGUUCAGGCUAGUAACAUGAUUCUGCUGAUCUUCCUGCAAAAAAUGGACCUCCUCUUGACCAAAACGCCGGCGGAGGACAUCAAGAACAGUGUGCUGCCAAUGGUUUACAGAGCCCUGGAAGCACCUUCUGUGCAGAUCCAGGAGCUAUGCCUCAACAUCAUCCCAACGUUCGCCAACCUGAUCGACUAUCCCUCCAUGAAGAACUCCCUCAUCCCUCGAAUUAAAUCUGCCUGUCUGCAAACCUCCUCGCUUGCUGUGCGUGUGAACUCAUUAGUGUGUCUGGGAAAGAUCUUGGAGUACCUGGACAAGUGGUAUGUCAUUGAUGAGAUCCUGCCCUUCCUGCAGCAGAUCCCCUCCAGAGAGCCAGCAGUACUCAUGGGAAUUCUAGGAAUCUACAAGUGUACCUUCAGUCACAAGAAGCUGGGCAUUCCCAAGGAGAACUUGGCAAGCAAGAGCCUGCCACACCUGGUGUCGCUCAGCAUCGACAACAGCCUCAACCUUAACCAGUUCAACUCGUUCAUGGUAGUCAUUAGAGACAUGUUGAGCCGCAUGGAGGCGGAGCACAAGACCAAGCUGGAGCAGCUGCACAUCAUGCAGGAGCAGCAUAGGAGUAUGAACAUCUCAAACACAGGGAAGCAACCAGAGGAGACCAAGAGCCCAUCAUCCUCUGGAAACCAGAUUGAUGACAUUUUUGGCAGCACAGGGGUCAACGGGAAGGAGAAUGGUUCCUCAGCAGCAGCCCCACAGCCUAAUAGGAUGUCUCUGACGCUAGAGGAGAAGCAGCGACUGGCGAAGGAACAAGAACAGGCCGCCAAACUAAGAAGUCAACAGCCGCUGGCACCGCAGAGCAUCAAACCGCCCGCCAGCACCAACUCACAGACAAAGGAUCUGACCAACAGCCUUCUAAACAACAUGACAUCCCUAAACAGUAUGUCCUUGGCCAACACACCUCGACCUUCUUUAGUGCAGGGUGGCCCCAGCUUCCCCGUGGGCUCCAUAGGCACCGCGGUGUCCAACGGCUUCAACCCCGCCAUGGGCUUUCAGACGGCGGGCAUGGGGAUGAAUAUGCGGCCUCCGGGCCCCAACGUCUACGGCGGCAUGGCCACCACAACCAGCACCCCCAACUUUGGAGCCCUCACACAGAAUCAAGGAGCUGCCGGGCAGAUGAGCAAAGGACCGGACCUGUCGGCGCUGGACAACCUUUUCACAUCCAACAAGCCCAAAGUCACCCUCAACCAGAUAGCUCCCAAGGCAGUCCCCGGAAACAGCACCCCUUGGCUCGGUCAGUUUGGUUCGCCCCAGAACGCUCAAACUGCGAUACAGGGGGCUUCAGCGGGCAUGGGCGGGUUCGGGAUGCAAGCAAACCCUUUUUUCAGCCCACAAAACUUUUCUCAAACUCCAGUUAGCAUGAACCAAAGCGGGCUUAAGCACAGCACGUCCGCCAACAACGACCUGAAAGACUUGUUUGGCUGAACAAGCGAGGAGCGGGUUCUCUCAAACGCUGACGCUGAUUGAAUGUGAAAAAUUUAACUGAAAAAUUCACUCAAUGGUCUUUUGCUGUGUCUAUUUUUGAUCUUGCUCACAUUCUGCACAUUGUUGAUUCCAUUUCUAUUUGACCACAAGAACAAGUUCUUAUAUGCUUUCUUCUACAAAGCUGUGGGUUUCUUACUCUUUUUUUACUUGAUGAGAUGAAUCCCAAAUGUUACUCUCCAAUUCUCAGUCAUCUUAUUCCAGCUUUCAGACUAUUUGAGACAGUUCCGCAUGUCUGGACUGAGGUAGCCAGACGUGUAGCAUCCAGAAAUCGGGAUGCCCUUUUUUGCAGACUGUCUCAAUGUCAACAAUGCAUCACCAACCUUGUUUUUUUUUAUAAACACAAGCUUUCAUUCCCCCAAGAGGAACAAGCAGUAGAAAAUGGAUUGAAGCUCUCAUUCCUGUAUCAUCCCGGAGCCUGCUGCAGAUGUUUGCCGCAGAUGUCUGCUGUAGUUCAGGUUCCAUUUCAGCUCCUAUUUAAAUGCAGUAUGUCUGGACUCUGUCUUCAAAUUGAGAUGCGAAUGCUAAGGGUAACUAACGUACAAGGUGAAACAGUGAGUAGGCGGUUGUGCCUUAUAAGGGUAAACUUGUAUUGAUUUGAUGGUCAUACUUUUAUUCCACUUGCUUUUUUCUUCUCAUUUAUGACCUAUGAACAUUUAUGUUUUUUUUCUUCUUCAAAAGACUCUUACUUUACAAACUGGAGUGUACCGUUUCUUACAUUUAAAUAAUAUAUAUAGAUUUUGGUAUUUUUCAGCUGUCCGAGGACCUGUGCUGGUGAUCUCAAAAAGUGUAAACAUACCGUUGAUUUUAAGUGGCCUCUGCGUUUUUAUUUUUGUGAGAGUUUAGAGGCCUUAGGGGAUGAAUCUUGUGCAAUAAUAAUGAUUAGUUCUGAUGGACAAUGGGUUUGCAGUUGCACUGACUUACAGUGUCACUAAACUGGCGAACACGGUAUGCUCACUAGUUACUCUUAGGUUUAAAAUGAAAGUGCAAUGUGGUCAUGUUGUGUUUCCGCUGAAGGCUGCAGUCACAGAGCCUCUGAAUAUUAUCAUCAUACACUAUUGCUGUUAUAUGUGUUGUAUCAUUUCAUGAUGACUGAGGUGGGCUGGAUCAAUGGAAAGCUGUACAUAUAAAGAGAAGUACACCAUA